GAGGGUAGGUGGGUGGGUGUCCCGGAGCUGCAGGCACAGACCUCCAGUCCUCCUCCUCCUCCUCCUCUGCCCCGAGCACCCCCCGUGCUCCCUCCCUCCAUCCCUCUCUCUCCAUCCCUCCCGCUGGGGAAGAUGCCGAGGGGCUCCUGCCUCCCGGGCCCCCGGCGGCUGCUGCUGCUGCUCAGCCUGGCCCUGGGGGCGGCGGGGUCCCCGGACCAGCCCCGGAGGCUCAAGAACCAAGCCCAGCAUCUCGUGCAGGCGCCCCUCCCCUUGGCCGUCAGCCAAAACAAGCCUGGCUGUUAUGACAAUGGACAACACUAUCAGAUAAACCAACAAUGGGAAAGAACUUACCUGGGCAACCCAUUGGUCUGUACUUGUUAUGGGGGAAGCCGAGGUUUUAACUGUGAAAGCAAGCCUGAAGCUGAAGAAACUUGCUUUGACAAAUAUACUGGAAACACCUAUCGGGUAGGAGAAACCUACGAGCGUCCCAAGGACUCGAUGAUUUGGGAUUGUACCUGCAUUGGGGCCGGUCGAGGACGAAUCAGCUGUACCAUUGCAAAUCGGUGUCACGAAGGGGGAGAAUCAUACAAGAUCGGGGCCACAUGGCGCAGACCUCACGAGACAGGCGGUUACAUGCUGGAAUGUGUGUGUCUUGGCAACGGGAAGGGGGAAUGGACCUGCAAACCUGUCGCUGAGAGAUGCUACGAUAACACAGCUGGGACAUCCUAUGUGGUCGGAGAGACCUGGGAGAAACCAUAUCAAGGCUGGAUGAUGGUGGAUUGUACUUGUUUAGGAGAAGGCAGUGGACGCAUCACCUGCACCUCCAGAAAUAGAUGCAAUGAUCAGGACACCCAGACUUCUUAUAGAAUUGGUGACACUUGGAGCAAGAAAGAUGCCAGGGGAAAUUUGCUUCAGUGUCUCUGUACAGGCAAUGGCAGAGGAGAAUGGAAAUGUGAGAGGCACUCAUCUUUACAGACAACUGCCACAGGUUCUGGCUCCCACGCCAUCUCGGAGGUCCACACGGCGCUCUACCAGCCGCAGCCACAGCCUCCUCCUUACGGUCACUGUGCCACUGACAACGGGGUGCUCUACUCCAUCGGGAUGCAGUGGCUGAAGACUCAGGGAAGCAAGCAGAUGCUGUGUACUUGCCUGGGCAACGGAGUCAGCUGCCAGGAGACAGCUGUGACCCAGACUUUCGGUGGCAAUUCGAACGGAGAGCCCUGUGCCCUGCCAUUCAAGUACAACGGCAGAACCUUCUAUUCUUGCACCACGGAAGGACGCCAGGAUGGCCAUCUGUGGUGCAGUACUACCUCCAACUAUGAGCAGGACCAGAAAUACUCUUUCUGUACAGACCACUCUGUUCUGGUUCAGACGCGUGGGGGCAACUCCAACGGAGCACUGUGCCACUUUCCUUUCUUGUACAACAACCGCAACUACACUGACUGCACUUCGGAGGGCAGGAGGGACAACAUGAAGUGGUGUGGCACCACCUUGAACUAUGAUGAAGAUCAAAAGUUUGGUUUCUGCCCAAUGGCUGCCCACGAGGAGGUCUGUACUACCGACGGAGUCAUGUAUCGCAUUGGUGAUCAGUGGGAUAAGCAACAUGACAUGGGCCAUAUGAUGAGGUGCACGUGUGUGGGAAACGGCCGUGGGGAAUGGACUUGCGUGGCACACUCCCAACUCAGAGACCAGUGCGUUGUGGAUGAUGUCACCCACAACGUUAAUGACACCUUCCACAAACGGCACAAGGAAGGCCACAUGAUGAACUGCACAUGUUUUGGCCAGGGACGUGGCAGAUGGAAGUGUGAUCCAAUCGAUCAGUGCCAAGACUCAGAAACCCAAACGUUUUACCAGAUCGGAGACUCGUGGGAGAAGCAUGUCCACAAUGUUAAAUAUCAGUGCUACUGCUACGGUCGGGGCAUUGGAGAAUGGCAUUGUCAACCUUUGCAGGCCUAUCCAGGCACAACUGGCCCUGUGCAAGUAAUCAUCACCGAGACGCCUAGUCACCCCAACUCCCAUCCUAUCCAAUGGCAAGCUCCUGAACCGUCCCAUAUCACGCAGUACAUUCUCCGGUGGAGACCUAAAAGUAGCACUGGUCGCUGGAAGGAAGCCAGAAUUCCCGGACACACCAAUUCUUAUGUAAUCAAAGGCCUGCGGCCCAAUGUGGUAUACGAGGGACAACUUGUGAGUGUGCAGCAGUCUGGCCAUCAAGAAGUCACACGCUUUGACUUUACCACCACAAGUACCAGCCCAUCCGUGUCUAGUAACACGGUUACAGGAGAGACCACACCAUUUUCUCCAGUUGUUGCUACUUCGGAAUCAGUUACCGAAAUUACAGCCAGCAGCUUCGUGGUGUCUUGGGUUUCUGCCUCUGACACCGUGUCAGGAUUUCGGGUGGAGUAUGAACUGAGUGAGGACGGGGAUGAGCCCCAGUACCUUGAUCUUCCAAGCACAGCCACUUCGGUUAACAUCCCUGACUUGCUUCCGGGCCGAAAAUAUAUCGUGAACGUCUACCAGAUAUCAGAAGAAGGAGAACAAAAUCUGAUCCUGUCUACUUCUCAAACAACAGCCCCUGAUGCCCCACCUGAGCACUCUGUGGACCGAGUGGAUGACACCUCCAUUGUGGUUCGCUGGAGCAGGCCACAGGCCCCAAUUACAGGUUACAGAAUCGUCUACUCACCAUCAGUUGAAGGUAGCAGCACAGAGCUUAACCUGCCCGAAACCGCUAAUUCGGUGACUCUUAGUGAUUUACAACCUGGAGUGCAGUAUAACAUCACUAUUUAUGCUGUGGAAGAAAAUCAAGAGAGUGUCCCCAUCUUCAUCCAACAGGAAACCACCGGUGUCCACCGCCCAGACAAAGUCCCCCCGCCCACAGACCUGAAUUUUGUGGAUGUGUCAGAUGUUAAAAUCACCGUCAUGUGGAACCCACCCAGGAGCUCAGUGACUGGCUACCGUGUGGAUGUAGUUCCAGUAAAUCUGCCCGGAGAUCAGGGUCAGAGGUUGCCGGUCAGCAGAAGCCCCUUUGUUGAAGUGACCGGGCUUCAACCGGGCGUCACUUACCACUUCAGAGUCUACGCUGUGUACCAUGGGAAGGAGAGCAAGCCAUUGACUGGGGAACAGACCACCAAACUAGAUGCCCCCUCUAACCUGAAGUUUGUCAACGGGACUGACACCAUGGUAUUGGUGACCUGGACUCCGCCUCGUGCUCGGAUUGCCGGCUACCGAAUGACCGUGGGUCCCACCAGGACCAGUCAGCCCAAGCAGUACAACGUGGGCCCGUCUGCCAACCGGUACCCAUUAAGGAACCUGCAGCCAGAUACCGAAUACACCGUUUCCCUUGUGGCCGUCAAAGGCAAUCAACAAAGUCCCAAGGAAACCGGAGUCUUCAGUACCCUGCGGCCUAUUAGUUCUACUCCUCCCUAUAAUACAGAAGUGACUGAAACAACAAUUAUCAUCACAUGGACUCCUGCGCCAAGAAUUGGAUUUAAGUUGGGUGUGUGGCCAAGUGAAGGCGGAGAAGCUCCUCGGGAGGUGACUUCUGAGUCUGGCAGCAUUGUCGUCUCGGGUUUGACUCCUGGAGUCGAAUAUGUGUAUAGCAUUUCGGUCCUGAUGGACGGGAAAGAGAAAGACAAGCCGAUCGUCAAGAAAGUGGUUACACCAUUGUCUCCGCCAACGGACUUGCAUCUGGAUUCUAACCCUGAAACGGGAGUGUUAACAGUUUCCUGGGAGAGGAGCAAGACACCAGGUAUCACAGGGUACAGAGUUACCACCACCCCCACCAAUGGCCAGCAGGGUUUAGCGCUAGAGGAAGUGGUCCAUGCCGAUCAGAGUUCCUGCACUUUUGAAAAUCUGAGUCCGGGGCUGGAAUACAAUGUCAGUGUUUAUGCUGUCAAAGGCGACAAGGAAAGUGUCCCUGUCUUUGACACCAUCACCCCAGAGGUGCCCCAACUCACUGACCUAAGCUUUGUUGAUAUAACCGAUUCGAGCAUCGGCCUGAGGUGGACCCCACUAAACUCCUCCUCCAUCAUUGGGUACCGCAUCACAGUAGUUGCGGCAGGAGAAAGUAGCCCUAUUUUUGAAGAUUUUGUGGACUCCUCAGUAGGAUACUACACAGUGACAGGGCUGGAGCCAGGCAUUGACUAUGACAUCAGCGUAAUUACUCUCAUUAAUGGCGGAGAGAGUGCACCUACCACUCUGACACAACAAACGGCCGUCCCAUCCCCAACGGACCUCAGGUUCACCAAUGUUGGUCCUGACACCAUGCGUGUGACUUGGACUCCACCUUCGUCCAUUGAACUGACCAGCUACUUGGUGCGCUAUUCGCCUGUGAAAAAUGAGGAAGAUGUGGCUGAGUUGACCAUUUCCCCUUCAGACAACGUGGUGGUUUUAACACAUCUCCUGCCUGGAACUGAAUAUUUAGUAAAUGUCUACAGUGUGUAUGAGCAACAUACCAGUGCCCCUCUUAGAGGAAGACAGAAGACAGGCCUCGAUUCCCCAACUGGUAUCGACUUUUCGGACAUAACCGCCAACUCUUUCACCGUCCACUGGGUCCCUCCCCGGGCCACCAUCACCGGCUACAGGAUCCGCCACUACCCUGAGCAUACUGGGGGCCGGCCAAAGGAAGAUCGAGUGCCUCCGUCCCGAAACUCCAUCACCCUCACCAACCUGAUCCCAGGGAAAGAGUAUGUGGUGAGCAUCACCGCUCUCAACAGCCGAGAGGAAAGCUCUCCCUUGGUUGGCCAGCAGGCAACAGUUUCUGAUGUUCCAAGAGACCUGCAAAUUAUUGCCACCACUCCAACCAGUCUGCUGAUUAACUGGGAGGCGCCUGCAGUGACAGUGAGGUACUAUAGGAUCACCUAUGGAGAAACAGGAGGAACUAGUCCCGUUCAGGAAUUCACCGUGCCUGGUACAAAAUCGACUGCUACCAUCAGCGGUCUUAAGCCGGGGGCAGAUUACACCAUCACCGUGUACGCAGUUACAGGCCGUGGAGACAGCCCUGCUAGCAGCAAACCAGUUAGCAUCACCUACCAUACAGAACUUGAUAAACCCUCCCAGAUGCAGGUGACGGACGUUCAAGACAACAGCAUCAGCGUCAGGUGGCUGCCUUCAAAUUCCCCCGUGACUGGCUACAGAGUGACCGCCGUCCCCAAGAAUGGCCAUGGACCAUCGAAAACCAAAACAGCUGGCCCAGAUCAAACCGAAAUGACCGUUGAGGGGUUACAGCCCACAGUGGAGUAUGUGGUCAGCGUCUAUGCCCAAAACCAAAAUGGGGAAAGUGAGCCUCUGGUUCAGACUGCGGUGACGAACGUCGAUCGCCCUAAAGGAUUGGCAUUCACUGAUGUGGAUGUCGAUUCCAUCAAAAUUGCCUGGGAAAGCCCACAGGGGCAGGUGUCCAGGUACAGGGUGACGUACUCGAGCCCUGAGGAUGGAAUCCAUGAGCUCUUCCCCGCCCCUGAUGGUGAAGAAGACACGGCUGAGCUGCAGGGCCUCAGACCUGGUUCUGAGUACACAGUCAGUGUUGUGGCCGUACACGGUGAUACGGAGAGCCAGCCCCUGACCGGAACCCAGUCCACAGCCAUCCCUUCACCAACAAACCUGAAGUUUGUUCAGGUGAACCCGACCAGCCUCACCGCCAAAUGGGAUGCCCCCAACGUGCAACUCACUGGUUACCGAGUGCGGGUGACUCCCAAGGAGAAAACGGGGCCCAUGAAGGAAAUCAAUCUUUCUCCUGACAGCACUUCUGCCGUCGUGUCUGGACUAAUGGUGGCUACGAAGUACGAAGUCAGUAUAUAUGCUCUUAAGGACACACUGACCAGCCAGCCGGCCCAGGGUGUAGUUACUACAUUGGAAAAUGUCAGCCCCCCUCGCCGGGCCCGGGUGACGGAUGCCACUGAGACGACCAUCACCAUCAACUGGCGGACCAAGACAGAGACUAUCACGGGAUUCCAGGUGGAUGCCAUCCCAGCGAAUGGCCUGAAUCCGAUCCAGAGAACCAUCCAGCCUGAUGUCCGCAGCUACACCAUCACUGGUUUACACCCAGGCACGGAUUACAAAAUCCACCUCUACUCUCUCAACGACAACGCCCGCAGCUCUCCGGUCGUCAUCGACGCUUCCACCGCCAUUGAUGCUCCUUCCAACUUGCAUUUCCUCACCACCACGAGCAAUUCCUUGCUCCUGUCCUGGCAGCCACCGCGAGCCAAGAUCACCGGCUACAUCAUCAAGUAUGAGAAGCCCGGAAGCGUUCCUCGUGAGGUCGUUCCUCGGCCCCGCCCUGGUGUCACAGAGGCCACGAUCACUGGUCUGGAACCUGGAACUGAGUAUACCAUCUCUAUCAUCGCCCUGAAGAACAACCAGAAGAGUGAGCCACUGAUUGGAAGGAGAAAGACAGACGAGAUUCCCCAGCUGAUAACCCUUCCGCAUCCCAAUCAUCGAGGACCAGAGAUCUUGGAUGUACCCUCCACAAACGCUGGGUAUGACAAUGGAAACGGUAUCCAACUACCGGGCACUACUGGUCAUCAACCGAGUGUCGGGCAACAAAUGAUCUUUGAGGAACAUGGCUUUAGGCGGACCACACCACCCACCACCGCCACACCUGUAAGGCGGAGGCCGUUCCCACCCAGCAUAGAUGAAGAGAUUCAAAUUGAUAACUCCCAUCGGGGGGAUGUGGACCAUCCUUCGUACCCUCGUGUUCUUGGCCUCAAUCCAAAUGCCUCUACAGGACAAGAAGCUCUCUCUCAGACAACCAUCUCUUGGACCCCCUUCCAGGAAAGCUCUGAGUAUAUCAUUUCAUGUCAACCCGUUGGGACUGAUGAGGAACCUUUACAGUUCCGAGUGCCUGGAACAUCUGCCAGUGCCACGCUAACCGGCUUGACCAGAGGCGCCACCUACAACAUCAUAGUUGAGGCCCUGAAAGACCAGAAGAGACACAAAGUCCGAGAGGAGGUGGUCACCGUAGGGAACACUGUGAAUGCAGGCCUGUCCCAGAGCGCAGACGAUACGUGCUUCGAUCCCUACACGGCUUCUCACUACCCUGUCGGAGAUGAGUGGGAACGAUUGUCAGAAUCAGGCUUUAAACUCUGGUGCCAGUGCUUAGGCUUCGGCAGUGGUCAUUUCAGAUGUGACUCUUCUAAGUGGUGCCAUGACAACGGGGUGAACUACAAGAUUGGAGAGAAGUGGGACCGCCAGGGAGAAAAUGGACAGAUGCUGAGCUGCACGUGUCUGGGCAACGGAAAAGGAGAAUUCAAGUGUGACCCCCAUGAGGCGACGUGCUAUGAUGACGGGAAGAUGUACCAUGUAGGACAACAGUGGCAAAAGGAGUACCUGGGAGCCAUCUGUUCUUGCACUUGCUUUGGAGGACAACAGGGCUGGCGCUGCGAUAACUGUCGUAGGCCUGGUGCUGAGACCGUGUCCGAAGGCUCCCCUGGGCAUUACAAUCAGUAUACCCAGAAAUACCAUCAGAGACCCAAUACCAAUGUGAAUUGCCCUAUUGAGUGCUUCUUGCCUCUAGACGUCCAGGCAGACACAGAGAGUUCUCGGGAAAAGUAAACUCUUGUCCCCAUGAAGCACGAGGAAGCAUGUCUGGAAAGACGCCAGCCAGACCGGAGUGAUGCAAGCAAACCAGAUCGUUAAUGCUAAUAAUUAAAAAGAAAAAAGUGCCCAAUGUCCACUGCUCUGGAGUAAUUUCCCCAGCUUAAGCUCAGCUCAUGGCUUCUUCAAGCAUCACCCUGGGAGUGUUUAUGACUUUCCUCGAUAGAUAGCAGUACGGUAUCGAUUCAACCAGGGUUGAAGACCGUUCAGUGGGUUGCUUUUGUUUUUUAUUUUUUGGAGGAAUGAGUUUUAAUCUCACAGUUUGGUUGGGAUUGAUGUGUGGCGUGAGAGCACAUGAAGUCAACCCCACGUUCUGCAUGGAAAUGAGCUAUUAAACUUAGAUUUGGGAAAGUCCACCAAACACUUCUGCUUUCACUUAACUUGAGCAGCCGGCAAUAAUGUAGGAACUGUAUACCCCUCUCCCUGUGAUAUUUAAAAUAUGCACAGUCCUAUUUUUUCUAAAUGAUUCUAGUAAUUUUCUAGCCAUAUCUAUCUCUUACCUGUUAUUUAUCAAUUUUCCCCUUAAGUGAUUUUAUAUGGAAAAAGAAAAUUGUAUUGAAGACACUUAGAAUGCAGUUGUCAAGAGGAAUUUGGUGUAAUUAUGGUUGCUGAUUAUUUUUUAUACUGUAAGUGCCAAAGCUUUACUACUGUGGAAAGACAACUCUUUUAAUAAAAGAUUUACAAACCAGAA